AUGGAUUCAUUGAUCAAUAAGGAUGUUCCUCACAUAUGUGACACUGUUAAUAAGACGUUGGAGCUAGCUGAAUUCCGGUCAGCAGCAUUGACCCGGACGUUUGAUUUACGGUAUGAUUUAAUAUCCGCAUUGGUCGAGCGUUGGCGACCAGAGACCCACACUUUUCAUUUGCCGUGUGGGGAAUGCACUGUCACUCUGGAGGAUGUUGCAUUGCACUUUGAGCUCCCAAUCAACGGGGAUGCCGUCACGGGCGUAAGUGCAAUAGUUGAGCCGGCUGCACUUUGUUAUAGCCUACUAGGAGCCUCACCCGGCGAUGCUGAUCCUACUUUUUCGGAGUUGAAAUUUACAUGGCUAAAAGCCAUUUUUCAGCAUUUAUCAGUUAAUGCCACUGAAGAAGAAUUGGUGUGCGCAGCUAGAGCGUACAUUAUGCAUAUCAUAGGGGGUGUAUUGAUGCCCAAUUCCAACAACAACAAGGUUCAUAUCCAGUAUUUACCUCUGUUAGCUGAUUUGCGUAACGUUCGCUCGUAUAGUUGGGGUUCCGCAGUUCUCGCUAUGUUGUAUCGUGAGCUUUGUCUGACGACAAAGCCUGAUACCGUAGACAUGGGUGGAUGCCUUGUAUUGUUGCAAUCAUGGGCUCUUUAUCGGAUGCCAUUCUUGGCAUCGGUGGGGGAGGUUCACGGCAUCAACAAGAGAGGGAAACAUGGACAGCAUUAA